AUCCUAAAAUAGCUAAAAACCUCAUCCAAAUAAGAGGACUUUCAACCACCACGAAACAGAGCAAGAGAAUGGCGACAUCAUUAGCCAGACCACCGGGUACUACGUUCUCCUCCAUGAUGGACUCUUCAAGAAUCAUACGGAAGCCACCACCAUCAUCUACCAUCGUGUCCAUCAAAUCCCAUCGGAGCACAGAAAUUUCAAAAAGAGCUUUGUUGAAUGUAGGGCUGGGUUUCAUGCCUCUAGUCACCAUCCGUCCUCCUCCCUCGAGUUCCAGGGAAGUUGAGGUCGGCUCUUACCUUCCGCCAUCGCCAAGCGUCCCUUCUUUUGUCCUCUACAAAGCCAAACCCACUGACACUCCUGCUCUUCGUGCUGUUGGUUUCAGGAAACGUGGAGCCAUACACAUUUAUGCUUCCUCCUACUUGGAAACAGACUCGUGUAGCAAACAUCUUAUCCGGUAACUACUGCCAGCCCAAGUGCGCAGAGCCGUGGGUUGAGGUAAGGUUUGAGGAUGCAAAGCAGGGGAAAGUUCAGGUGGUGGCGUCUCCUUUGGUACGCCUUACCAAUAAACCAAAUGCCAAAAUUGAGGACAUUGGGACCCCAGAAAAGGUCAUCGCUUCUCUUGGCCCUUUUGUCACUGGGAACACUUAUGACCCUGAUGAGCUCAUUCAAACUUCCAUUGAGAAGCGUGGUGGUCUAACGUACUACAGGUAUGUUCUGGAAACUCCUUACGCUCUUACCGGGUCCCACAAUCUUGCAAAAGCAACAGCGAAGGGAGACACAGUUGUCCUCUUUGUGGCCAGUGCCAAUGAGAAGCAGUGGCAAUCAUCACAGAAAACUUUAGAAGCCAUUCUUGAUUCCUUUGAACUGUAGUUUCUUUCUUUAAUGGAAGAGCCCUUCUAAUCCCAUUUUGAUAUCAUAGAAGAGAGCCCAUUCUUGAUUUUGUUCUUUUUUAUGGCAAAAGAAGCAAACAAGUCAAUGUUUGUAUCAAGUGCAUAUAAAACAUUUCCCUUGAUGCUUUUAAAGUUGUAAAGUUUAACUUAAGCUUCGUUCAAUAUAUACUCAAUUUUUUUGGCAAA